CAAUGGUUCACUUCUUUAGCCCUGCGAUGGACUGGCGACCUGUCCAGGGUGUACCCCGCCUUUCGCCCGAUGUCAGCUGGGAUUGGCUCCAGCCCCCCGCGACCCUGUACGCAGGAUAAGCGGUUGACGAUGGAUGGUUCACUUCUUUAAGGCCACUCUUCAGCCUGCUGCGAUACAAAUCUUAGUGCUCCAAGUAGCCAACUGAUCACUUAUAGAAGCCUAGGCCUAUAGGUUACUUCGGAGCCCUACAGGGCUCUGGGUUACUUGGCGCAAAGCAGGAAACAUCGUUACCAUCUCCACCAGUACGCAUUACGCAGCUGUCCCUACCCAUAGGCUUUUGGAAGUUGGGAAGGUUUGUGUAACUUACAAGAUUUGAGAAAUGGCAGAGGAGCUUCACAGGGUGAGGAGGAAGUUUGUGGAGAAGGCGUCCAAAGAACUUAUAAAUCAGUUGCUGGAUGACAUUUUAGAGGAUGCUAUUGUGAACGAUGGGGAGAAAGACUCAAUAAUUGAGGAGAAGCCUUCCAGAGCAGACAAGGCACGCUGUCUCAUCGACACAGUGAAGAAGAAAGGAAAUGAAGCCAGCAGGAAGCUGAUCGCUCACCUUCAAAGCAGGGAUCCGACCCUUUACAAUGAACUGGGUCUGUCCUCUGGUCCUCCUCCUCCUGCUCCUCUAGAGGCCCCGAAGGAGCAGAAUUGGUCAAACACACUCAUCCCAACCACUGAGGCAUUUUGGUGCAAAAAGCAGAACGACAGAAAUAUUUACCCUGCAGCAAAAAGUUCCAUUAGGAAUCGUGUGGCCCUGCUAAUCACUAAUAUAAAGUUUACUAAUGAGAAAUUCAACAGAAGAGGAGCUGAGAAAGACGAGGCGAACAUGGAGAAACUGCUCACAUCUCUGGGAUACGAGGUGGUGAAACACACAAACCUCACAGGAAAGGCAAUUAAUGAUUCUAUGAUUAAUUUCUCUAAACAUCCGAAACUCAAAGAGACAGACAGCGUGAUGGUGGUUAUCAUGUCUCAUGGGAAACUGGGAGCUGUCCUCGGUAUCAACCAUGAUGAGAAAUGUGAUGAUGAGUUCCCCAUCAACAACAUUUACAAACACUUGGGCUCAGAGAAAUGUCCAGCACUGCUGAACAAACCCAAGAUCAUCAUCAUCCAGGCCUGCAGAGGAGAUGAGGGCGGAUCAGUACUUGUUAGUGAUGCUGCAAACUCAGCUCUGGUCUGUGAUGAUGUGAAACAGCCAAGUCCAUCCCCGUCUGCUGGUGACGAAAACUUAGAGGAUGAUGCUUUACGAUGUGUACACAAAGAAAAAGACUUCAUUUCUCUUCUUUCCUCCACCCCUGAGACUGUCUCAUAUAGACAUCCAGAACAUGGGUCUUUACUUAUCCAGUAUGUAGUUAUGGUCUUGAACACCUGCGCACAUGAGGAUGACAUUGACGAACUGUUCAGAAAAGUCAUGCAGCGCUUUGAAGAUUUUUCCAUUCAAAGCAAAAGGCAGAUGCCUACCAAAGACAGAUGCACUCUGACAAGGCGCUUCUACUUCUUUCCAGGUCUCUGAGAUAAGAGUGUUGGUUAAUGCAAACUCCGAUUUGAUGUUUUACAAUAGGCUCACUAUGCUUUAUGAUUAAGAAGUUAGAUAAAUAAGAAGUUAGAUAGAUAAAACUAAACUUUGUUUUAUAUAUAAUGACAUAUUUGCAUGCAUUUAUGUUUUUAAAUAUAUCUGACAGUGUGACAACUGUACAGUGUGCUCUCGAUGUAAAUACAUUGUUGAAAAGAGUUUCUGUCUGUGCUGCGGUCAGCUGAGGGCAGACGAAAUUCAGUCAUUAAAGAAAAGUUUUUAGGUA